AUGUGGGAGGAGCUGCACUUCACGGGGUCGCCGCUCGACGCCUACCUGCGCGAGGUGGGCAGCGAGCUCGCGGGGGUCGGGCCCUCCCUCGGGCGCCCGGGAGUGCCGCUCGGCGCGCCGGAGCCUGGCUGGGCCGCCGCUGCGUGCGAGGGCAGCGGCCACCGCCGACGGGGGGGGACUGGAGGGAAGCGCUGGCGGAGGAGGCGGCGGAGCACGCUGGCCAGAUCCUCGCCGGCGGCGACCCACCCGAGGGGCCGCGCCCCGCGGAGCUCCGCGCCUGCGGCAGCUGCGCGGGCAGGCUCGGCGCCUGCGCGCUGGCGGCAGUGGGCGGCGCCCUGGCGGUGCGCGGCAGCUCGGCCGCCGCCGGCACCUGGAGGGGCGGGCGCGCCUGGGCGCUGGCGGCGUGCACGGGCGCUGCUGCCGCCUGCACCGCCAGGGAGGCGCUGCGGGCGCUCGGGCGCGCGCGCGAGGUGGCGCGGCACCGGCGGGCGCUGGCGGCGGCGCGCGAGGCCCACGCGGCCCUGGCGUCGUUCUGGUCCCUGUCGGGCCUCGUCGUGUCCGAGGUGGGGCGGGCGUCCGCGGCGGCGGAGGCCAUCCUCGGCGCGCCGUCCCCGGCGCAGGCGCUCGCGGCCGACGCUCUCUCGGAGCCACGGUCCGCCGCAGCGGCCAGUGUGCUCAGGCUCUGCCGCCGCCUGCAGGCCGCGGGCGGAGAAGCUUUCGAGCGGGCCACGCUCGAGGCGCUCCUCGACGAGGCCUGGGCCGCGCAGCAGGGGGCCCUGGCGCGCUCGCUCGGGCUGCUGCGCGCCGCCGAGCCCGCCGCGGCGGCCGAGGAGCUCCUGGGCCUGGGCGCUGCGGCGAGCGAGGCGCGCGUGGGCUCGCUCCGCGCGCUGCGGCUCGCGCGGCUGCUGGGGUCCGCGGCCGCUCGGCCGCGCGCCCGCGCCCAGGGGCCCGCCGCCGCAGGGCCCGCGCGCGCGGCGCGCGGCGCCGUGGGCCUGGCCCUGGCGGCCCUCGGCGGCGCGGGCCCGCCCAGCGAGCCGGAGGCGCUGCUGGACCGGCUCGAGGCACACGUGCGCGCGGCCCGUGCGGCUCUGCAGCGGCUGCUCCCCGCCGAGGCCCCGGGCGACCGCGGGCCCACCGCGGCCGCAGAGCUGGCGCCGGCGCCUGCCGACCAGAGCCUGGGGCAGGGCGCGGCCGAGUCGUGGGAUGCAGGGCCGCCGGGGCGGGAUCUGGCCGAGCUCAGCACUCAGGGGCGCGCGCAAGGGCCCGCCGUCCUGGAGGGCCAGGGUGCCGCAGGUACGCCAGAGGCACCAGCCGCGCCCUGCACAGCGGACUCGGGCACAAUCCGCGAUGGUAGGCUCCUUUGGCGCUCGUGCAUGCAGGAGCUGCGGGACGUGUUCGCGACCCGCAUCCCCGCGGCUGCGGCGGGAGGAGAGGCGCCAGCCCCGCGAGGGCCCCGCGCAGGCGCCUCCAGCCUGGAGGCACUGGGCGCGGGGCUGCCCCUGGAGCACGACGGCGGGUGCCGCCCGCGCGUGCGCGCCAGGGCGCCGCCGGCCGCCGUGGAGGAGCUCCAGAGGGUCCUCGAGGCGCGCCUGUCCCGAGGCGCGGGCGCGGCGGCGCCCGCUGGGGCGGCUGCCGCCGGGGCCGCCGAGGUCUUCGAGGCCGAGGGCGACCUCUGCGGCAGCGGGUGGGGCGCCUCGGGCGGCUCGUCCGACUCGGAGGGCUCCUGUGAGCCGGGCGGCCCGCCAGUGCUCGCGGAGGCGCGCCUCGACGCGGAGCGU